CUCACCAACAUGAGGAAUUGGUUUGUCCUGGUAUUGUUCUUUAUCUAUUUUUCUGACACUGGUCCACUGCCCCCCAGGCUGCAAGAUGGUCAAGACUUGUGUUCAGGAAGAGUUGAAAUUUACAAGAAUUCCUCGUGGGGCACUGUUUGUGACCAUGAGUGGGAUAUCAUGGAUGCCUCAGUUGUCUGCAGGCAGCUCAGGUGUGGGGUUGCCAUGUCUGUGAACAGCAGCUUUGGCCCAGGAGAAGAUCCCAUCUGGCUGGAUAAUUUUCGAUGCAUUGGGACCGAGGGCACCAUCAAUGAGUGCCCAAGAGAGCAGAGGAAUAUCAACAACUGCACACACAGUCAGGAUGCUGGAGUUACUUGCUCAGGCCCUGUGCCAAUACGGCUGGUAGGUGGGAUUACCAUGUGCUCAGGCAGAGUCGAGGUCUAUCGUAACUCCAGCUGGGGAACAGUGUGUGACGCUGGCUGGAAUAUCAAUGCAGCAAAUGUGACCUGCAGAGCAUUGAACUGUGGGACUGCCCUGUCAGAAAGAAGCUGCCCUUGUUUGAGUGAGGCGACUGGGAAAAUCUGGAUGGCAAAUGUGACGUGUAGUGGGACAGAGCCUACACUUGAUCAGUGCUCCUCCAAUCCUCUGGUGGAGUCUAUGUGCAACCAUAGUCAGGAUGCCAGCGUUAUUUGCUCAGCUGUGACAUCAAUGCGCCUGGUGCGUGGCAACAACAUAUGCUCCGGUAGAGUUGAGGUUUAUCGUGGCUCUACCUGGGGGGCCAUCUGUGACAAUGGAUGGGAUAUAAACGAAGCAAAAGUCGUCUGCAGAGUGCUGAACUGUGGGACAGCUGUAUCAGCAACAAGUGGCACCUACUAUGGAGAGGGGACUGAGAGAAUCUGGUUGGAUGAUGUGAGCUGUGAUGGGACAGAGUCUGCCCUCGCCCAGUGCUCUGCUAAGUCAGUGGUGGCAAGAAACUGCACAAGCAAGACACUUGCUGGAGUGAUCUGCUCUGGUCCACUGCCCAUUCGGCUGGUAAACAAUACUCAUAUGUGCUCCGGGAGAGUUGAGAUAUAUGGCAGAUCUGGCUGGCACAAUACCUGCAGCAAUAGCUGGGAUUUAAAUUCAGCAAAUGUAGUCUGCAGAAUGUUGAACUGUGGAAAGGUGCUGAAAGCAACAACCUACCUUCAGGAGGGAACUGCAAACAUCUCAAUGUUAAACAUAAGAUGUACCGGGAAAGAGGCUGCCCUAGAUCAGUGUGCUGCCAGUGUAUCAACGGAGCAACACUGCACACACCGGAAUGUUGCUGGAGUGAUCUGUUCAGGUGAAUAG